CGGGGCGUGGCUUGACUGCUCCAAGCCAAUGGAUACGCAGUGGGCGUAACCGGAAGUAGCGUGAGGCUUACACGUGUGGCCGCUGCAGACAGACCAUGUCCGGGCUGUUCAUUAAGAAGCGUCUGGAGUCCGGCACCGGGAGGAGGCGGCGGGAGGAGACUAAAGAUGCGGAUGCGCAGAAGAAGAAGAGAAAGCGGAAUAAUGUGAACCUCAGGGAGGAGAUUGAGAGCGACUCGGACACAGAAACAGCCCCAGCCCGCACCAAGCCGGCAGAUGUGGAGGAGGACCUGGAGGAGACUGCUCAGGAGAAGAAGCUGAGGUUGGCCAAGGAGUAUCUGCAGCAGUUACAAGCGCACGAGGAGGAGAAGUUAGAGGACGAAAGUGAGGACGUCAUUGGCGCCAGGUUACAGGAAAAUGUGCUGGAACAACGCGGAAAACUCAAGCGUCCAUUGGCCAAGGAGUUGCUGCCUCCGGAGCCUUCAGAAAUCCGCCUCCUACGGGGCCACCAAGGACCCGUCACCUGCCUCGCCAUCUCGCCGGACGACAACCACGUGUUCUCCGGAUCCAAAGACUGCUCCAUUAUCAAAUGGUCCACGUCUGAUGGGAAGAAGGUGCACAAGAUCCCUGGUGGCCGGAAGGGCUGUGAAGACAGACAUUUGGGCCACACUGCACAUGUCUUGUGCAUGGCGGUGUCCUCCGAUGGGAAAUACCUGGCCUCGGGAGAUCGGAACAAGCUGAUCUUUAUUUGGAACGCAGAGACCUGUCAGCAUCUUCAUAAGUUCCAGGGCCACCGAGAUGCUGUUUCUGGAUUGUCCUUCCAGAAAGGGACUUACCAGCUCUUCAGCGUCUCCCAUGACCGCUCCGUCAAAGUGUGGAACGUUGCGGAGAAUUCCUACAUAGAGACGCUGUUUGGCCACCAGGAUUGUAUAACCGGACUGGACAGCCUUAGUCGAGAGCGAUGCGUCACGUCAGGGGGCCGAGACGGAACAGUGAGAGUGUGGAAGAUAGCGGAGGAAACCCAGCUGGUGUUCAGUGGACAUAACGGAUCUAUAGAUUGCAUACGGCUGAUAAACGAGGAGCACAUGGUCUCGGGCGCGGACGAUGGAUCGCUUGCGCUGUGGAACGUGUCAAAGAAGAAGCCUCUGGCACGGGUGAGAUGUUCUCACGGAAGCCACGGAGAGGUCGGCAUUGAGCAGCCGUACUGGGUGUCGUCGGUGUGUGCUGCCCUGAACAGUGAUGUGGUGGCCUCGGGCUCCGAUGACGGCUGUGUGCGUCUCUGGCAGUGCGGGGAAGCGUUCCGCAGCCUGCACCCGCUCUGCACCAUUCCCCUGGUCGGGUUUGUGAACAGUUUGCAGUUUUCCAGCUCAGCCGAUUUUCUGGUGGCCGGGGUUGGUCAGGAACACAGACUUGGGCGUUGGUGGAGAUUGAAAGAGGCCAAGAAUGGAUUGUACAUAAUUCCGCUGAAGAGGAGGCUGCCGCUUAGCGAAGGAUCCUGAGACCCCAGCUCCCCCCCAGCCGCCCAGUGUCUGCCUAUGUAUUGUAUAGAACUUCUGAACCAGAAUAAAGUUUGGUUGUCUCCUU